AUGAAUAAACCUCCCAACACUACGGUUAUCUUCAAAGAUAUACCGCCAGAGACCUCCAAUUGGCUAGUGGGGAUUGAUACCAAGUUUUUCAGUAUAAAUCAAUUACUCAAAGGUAUCAAGAAUAUUCCUCGGGGCUUACAUUAUCUUCAUUAUUCCUUACCCACAGUGAGUACUGAAAAUUCCAUUGAAGCUACACAAACAAGUAUACGGUAUGGUAGUUGGAUAGAUUGCCAGGAUGAUGUCAUAUUUCUUGUUUGGGACCCUAGGAUUGAAAAGUUUCAUCUUGUGGAUGAAAAUAAUAACUUGGAGAGCUUAAAUUACUCCAAAUAUAUUUCUUCCUUAGGAGAUAUUUAUAACCACACCAUUGAAUACCCCGAGGAUCAAACUCAGUGGACGACUUUAAUCAAUUGUUUGGAUAUGGAAUUAGUCCAAGAGUUUUUACCGUACAUCAGCAUGAAAUAUACUGACGAAAUCAAUACUGUCACUCCAUCAAGGGAAGAGAAUAUGAUUCUCCUUGAUCAAUUACAACAAAAAGACAGUUCCAGGCACUAUGAAGAUCCUAAACAAGAAGAGUUGAAAUACACCAUCAUCCAGUUCAAGAAAAAUAGACCAAAUGCAUCUGUGGAAGAAAUUAGUGCUGAUUACCUCGAUAAAUCAUGGUAUAUUGAAGAAUUGUAUGGAUCCGACACUGAUUUGUUGUUGGGAGAGUUGCAAUUGAGUUUCUUGAUGUUUGUGAUCAUCGGAAACUUCUGUUCGGGGUUACAAUGGAUGAAUCUUUUGAAACUCAUCUCUAUGAGUAAGAGCUUUUCAGAUAAUAAGCAUUUUAACUUGAAGUUUUUGAAGGUGUUCAAAGCUCAGUUAGAACAGUUACCCGAGGAAUAUGUCGAAGAUACUGUUUCUUUGAACAGUGCUGUGGACACGAAGAACUUCAUUGGUAUUUUGGAGAAUUUUGUCAGAGACAUUUACCAUGAGAAAUGGAACGAAGAUUGUUGUGGGAAAAUGAAAAUGAACGGUAUGAUCAAUCAACAAUGGCAAUCAGUGAAAGAGCUCAUCAGAAACAAAUUUCAUAUUGACUUAUCAACCCUUCAACCCCUGAUAGAUGAUGAUAAAUUCGAAGUGUUUGAUCUCAAAGAUUAUGAUGAAAAUGAUGAAGAUUCUCCAGCAAUUGCAUGA